CCGCCCCUCGCAGAUCACUCCGGAAAUUGCCGAAGCUGUUGUUCUAAGACCAAAGAUGGCAGACCUUAUCGUUAAGUUAGCAGCGGAUGGCAUCCAGAAAAAGAUUCUUCAUGCAGGCAAACAACCGCUGCCGGCGUUUAUCGAAGGAACCAAGGUUAUUUUUCACUAUAAGACCACAUUGCCCAGUGAAGAUGCCACUGUUAUUGAUGACAGCAGAAAAAGGACCAAGCCCAUGGAGCUUAUCAUUGGCAAGAAGUUCAAGCUGCCUGUGUGGGAGACGAUCCUAGCAACCAUGUGUGAGGGAGAAACUGCAGAAUUCCUUUGCGACACUAAGCACACUGUCCUCUACCCAAUGGUGUCCAAGAGUCUCCGAAAUAUCGCUGCUGGUAAAGACCCACUAGAAGGGCUUCGUCACUGCUGUGGCAUGGCACAGAUGCAUGACCAUCAUUUACUUGGACAUCCGGACCUUGAUGAUUUGCACAACAGCCCCCGGCCUCUCAUCUUUACUAUUGAAGUGCUUCAGAUCCAAGUGCCUGGCUCCUACAGGCAGGAAGCUUGGGCAAUGACUGAUGAGGAGAAGCUGGCAGCAGUCCCCGAAAUUCACGAGGAGGGCAACAGACUGUUCAAGGAGGGUGAUAUUAAAGGAGCUGCUGAAAAGUAUCACGAUGCCAUUGCCUGCCUUAAGAACCUGCAGUUGAAGGAGAAGCCUGGUCACGAGAAUUGGAUUAAAUUGGACCUGAUGAUCACACCUCUACUAUUAAACUUUUGCCAAUGUAAACUUAUCCAGGGGGAAUACUAUGUGGUGUUGGAUCACUGCUCCUCUAUACUCUACAAAUAUGAAGACAAUGUGAAGGCGUAUUUCAAGCGUGGAAAAGCCCAUGCGGCAGUCUGGAAUAUCAAGGAGGCCAAUGUCGACUUUGCCAAGGUGUUGGAGCUCGACCCUUCCCUUGGUCCUGCUGUGAAAAAGGAGCUGCGAGAGAUGGAGAAGAGAGUGCGGGAGAAGGAGAUUGAGGAUAAAAAACGAUUUAAAGGCCUCUUCCAGUGAACAGGGAUGGCCUUGCAGACACCAUGUGGGCAGGGGAAGUCGUCACAUGUAUACUGGCUGAUCGCCCAGCUGGCCGGUCUGUGAUUACCUUUUUUUUUUUUCCCCAUGUCCUUGUGAAUGUGUUGGGCUCUCAGCAGCGUUAUCUCUGUCUUGUGCGUUUGUUUUGUAUUUAUGGCCGUACAAUCACUUCUUCACUGCUUUUAUUCUUGUGCUUACUUCAACUCUGUAUAUAUUCCUUUAUAUAUUAUAUAUAUAUAUAUAAAUAUAUCAUGCACAGUGUGCAUCCCAGUCCCUUGUUUUCACAUCCUUAUUAUUAUAGUCUGAUCCAUAUUUGGAUAGUGACACACUUACGUCAGAUGCCAAUUUUAUCACGUAACUGAA